AUGAUUAUGGACGGAACUAAAUGUCUGCUGAUAUUGGGAGAGGGUCGUUUCGCGUGGGGUAGUGGUUUUGGCAAACGAGCAGACGGAUCACCUGAUGGAAAGCGAUCGGCGCCGCCCAUGGACAUCCGCAACACCAGAGGAGUCACAGCUUUAGAACAGAAGUAUUAUGAUGCGGAGAAACAGGGCCUUCUCCCUUUUCUGCGAAGCAGUCAUCCUCGCAAAGAACUAGAACCAGACCCGAAGAACUUAGGGCGCAUAGCAUUCUACGCGCGCCUCAAAGAGCCAAAAGAGCUGAUUAAUCAACCGGUUCGAUAA